AUGAGCAACCAAAAAAAGGCAACAAAAACGGAUUUGGACUCUGAGGAAUUUUAUGUCCUUCAGGCUGUGCAAGCGCGCUCCUCAGAUGCUAGAAAACGAGAGGCGGAGCUCCAAAAGCUGGAGCAAUAUGAGCAGGACAACCAGAGGGUCCAACAACAAGCAGCAGCUACUGCUGAACAAGAGAAAGCGCAGCAGGAAGCUAGGGCAGGCCGGCAAGCAGAUUCUACCAGCAGCCGUGUCCAGAAUGGGAAAAGCAGAAGUACCACCAAGAACAGCAGCACAAGUACCGGUACUGGGCACACCAGUGAAGAAUAUCUGAAUAUUGAUGAAAUUGCCAAACUAGCCGAAGCCCGGCAGAGCCUCCAGCCUCCCGCAUCCGCUGGCACAAAUUUAAACGGCAUCAGCAAAACCCCUGGCAGUAGCACCGCAACAGCUACCAGUGCGCCAAUCAACAUCGAAAAUAAUGGAAAGCAGCAGAUUCCGCUUCCUGGUGGGGCACAACCAGGAGCAUACUCAGGAGCUCCUGGCAUGGGCCCCCAAAGAACCACCAGACCUCGCUUUUCAUUGCUUGGGGUCGCUUCCGCCACAGUCGAACGAAUGGCCGACCUAAGUGACCGUGAUGGAAGCCUGGUGUCUGAGGACAGGGAAGAACCUGAGCCGUCCGAAUCUGCCCGUGCCCAUAGUGAAAAUCGAUCCUUCAUUGAAGGGCAAGUCGCUCGUUUGACUUCGAGAACAAACAGUCAGACUGUCGAGCACGCGAACCAUGGUGAUAAGUUUGACGUGCCCGAAAUAAAUAAUGCUGCCAACAGUGACAAUAAUGGCUUGGCUGUGGCAGCGCUGGUGGAAGAGGAUGAGACGCCCCAAGAUUUGCCACUAGCUGCACCGUUUGAUGUGGAUGAGUCACAAAAGAGAAAGGAACAAGCCAAGAAACGAUUCCAAACCAAGAUUUACAUCAUCGUUGGCUUGCUUGUGGUGAUUGGAUUGGUUGUGGUGGGAGUCUAUGGCAGUGGCAACUGCAGCAGUAAGGGCUCCUCUUCAGAAGAACAGGAACUCAGUCCCAGAGAAAUGGAAGGCAUGGAAAUCAAAGCCCAGCUGGAAAAGGUGUUAGGAAGCACUUAUUUUGAUGGUUCCACAGU